GGGAGUGGGAAAGGGAACGUUCUGCGCGGGCGGGCGAGUGAGCGAGCGCGCGCCGCCACCACCAGCACCAGCUCCAGCAGCCGCCGCCGCCACCGCCACCGCCGCCGCCGCAGCAGCACCAGCAGCAGCCGCAGCCGCAGCAGCUGCAACUUUGUUAGGGAGUUGUGUGCGUGCGUGCGUGCGGGAGCGAGCGGGCGGGCGAGCGAAAGUCAAUGCGGCGCUGAGAGUCGCAGGGAGUUGGGGUGCCUGGUGGGAAAGCAGUCGGCUUCUGAGGCAGCCUCCCCUCCCCCGGAGCUCCUCCCGUCUCCUUCCCCGAGAACCCCAAGAAGGCGGUAGAGGAGCGUGUCAGUGGUGUGUGUGAGAGAGAGAGAGAGCGAGAGCGAGUGUGUGUGUGUGUGUGUGUGUGUGUGUGUGUGUGAGAGAGAGAGAGUGUGUGUGAGUGAGUGUGUGUGUGUGUGUGUGAGUGUGUGUGUUGCGCUCACUGUAGCCAGGAUUCCUCCUCCUCCUCCUCCUAAGAAGAGAGCCCGAGUGGAAACUGCUCCUGGACACCAUCUGCCUCUUCCGGGAGCUGGACAGGAGGGGAGGGGGGCGCGCAACUAAAGAGGGAUGUAUUUCCAUUUUUGAACUUCAUAUAAACCUGACUCAGGAGUAACCUAAUUCUCAAGAUGUUUGUAACAGAAGUGAUUUAAAAAGGACUGCACUUUCAGAUUUCAAGAAAAUAUUUCAAGUUGGACCCAACAGGAAGAACUGCUCUAUGUCUACGAAUUGAGAAAAGAUUGUGUACUUGUAAGAAAGCUAUUGUUGUCUAGAGUUCGAAGACUGUCAUGCCAUGAGAGCAUAGGAAAAAGGAUUGGAUUGUGGAAGUUGCUGAAUCCCCCGAUGUAAAUUCCAUUCAAGUUUUCUGAAGAAGAGCCACCUGUUAAAAUUUAAUACAGUAACUUUUAUGGAUUUUAAAAUAUUUGAAACCUGAAUCUUUAGUUUGCUGAUAGCAGGGCAUAAUUUAACCUCUUCAGAGAAAAUGAUUGAGGUCUUAUGCAGCCAUCGUUUUUUCUGGAAACUUUUCUUCAGAAGGGAAGUAUACAUGUAAAUAGACGAGAUGAUCAUGCUUCCUGUAGUCAUUUAAGACUAGCCUCUUUUAAAUCAUGACCAGCUUGAAGCGGUCCCAGACUGAAAGACCUGUUGCCACUGAAAGAGCAUCAAUGGUUGGCACGGAUGGGAUUUCCAAGGUUCACACCGAUGACUUCUACAUGCGACGCUUCAGGUCGCAGAAUGGCAGUUUGGGUUCUUCUGUCAUGGCUCCUGUGGGCCCCCCUCGAAGUGAAGGUUCCCACCAUAUCACCUCCACUCCUGGAGUCCCAAAGAUGGGGGUUAGGGCAAGGAUUGCAGAUUGGCCACCAAGGAAGGACAAUGUUAAAGAAUCUAGCCGAUCAAGUCAAGAAAUGGAGACAUCAAGUUGCCUUGACAGCAUGUCCUCCAAAGGCAGCCCUGGAAGUCAAGGUAGUUCAGUUAACCUCAACUCCAGUGACUCUGCUAUGUUGAAAAGCAUACAGAACACUCUUAAAAGCAAAACAAGACAAUCGGAGAACAUGGAUUCCAGGUUUCUCAUGCCUGAAGCUUAUCCUAGUUCCCCUAGGAAAGCCCUUCGCAGAAUAAGACAGCGUAGUAACAGUGAUAUUACUAUAAGUGAACUUGAUGUGGAUAGCUUUGAUGAAUGUAUUUCACCCACAUACAAAACUGGUCCAUCACUGCACAGGGAAUAUGGUAGCACAUCAUCAAUAGAUAAGCAGGGUACUUCAGGAGAAAGUUUUUUUGAUUUGUUGAAAGGGUACAAAGAAGACAAAUCUGAUCAGAGAGGCCCAACUCCAACAAAACUGAGUGAAUUUUUGAUAGCCAGCGGAAGCAAGGGUUCUGGCUUUUCUCUGGAUGUGAUAGAUGGACCUAUCACGCAGAGAGAGAACCUUAGACUAUUUAAAGAAAGGGAGAAACCACUCAAGAGACGUUCUAAGUCGGAAACAGGGGACUCAUCCAUUUUUCGUAAGUUGCGUAAUGCCAAAUGUGAAGGGGAACUUGGAAAAUCGUCAGACCUCGAAGACAACCGAUCAGAGGACUCUGUCAGGCCUUGGACCUGUCCAAAGUGUUUUGGUCACUAUGAUGUCCAGAGCAUAUUGUUUGACUUAAAUGAGGCAAUUAUAAAUAGGCACAAUGUUAUAAAACGGAGAAAUACGACCACAGGAGCAUCUGCAGCUGCUGUUGCUUCUUUAGUUUCUGGACCUUUAUCUCACUCUGCAAGUUUCAGUUCCCCUAUGGGCAGUACUGAGGACUUGAAUUCUAAAGGAAGCCUCAGCAUGGACCAGGGAGAUGAUAAAAGUAAUGACCUUGUAAUGAGCUGCCCCUACUUUCGAAAUGAGAUUGGCGGAGAAGGAGAAAGGAAGAUCAGUUUAUCCAAAUCGAAUUCUGGUUCCUUCAGUAGUGAAAGUGCCUCAUUUGAAUCUACUCUUAGCUCUCACUGCACAAAUGCAGGAGUGGCUGUUCUUGAAGUGCCCAAGGAAAAUUUGGUUUUGCAUUUAGAUAGAGUAAAGAGAUACAUUGUGGAACAUGUGGAUCUCGGUGCAUACUAUUAUAGGAAAUUUUUUUAUCAGAAGGAACACUGGAACUAUUUUGGAGCAGAUGAGAACCUGGGCCCAGUGGCUGUGAGCAUUCGAAGAGAAAAGCCAGAAGAAUUGAAAGAAAAUGGACCACCAUACAACUAUCGAAUAAUAUUCAGAACUAGUGAGCUCCUGACAUUAAGAGGUGCUGUGCUAGAAGAUGCCAUCCCUUCAACUGCAAAGCAUUGCACAGCUCGAGGACUGCCCUUGAAGGAAGUGCUUGAGCAUGUGAUUCCUGAGCUCAAUGUUCAGUGUCUGAGGUUGGCCUUUAACACCCCCAAAGUCACAGAACAACUCAUGAAACUAGAUGAGCAAGGGCUAAGCUAUCAGCUGAAAGUGGGGAUCAUGUACUGUAAAUCUGGACAGAGCACCGAAGAAGAGAUGUACAACAACGAGUCAGCGGGCCCCGCUUUUGAAGAAUUCCUCCAGCUCUUAGGAGAACGAGUUCGUCUCAAGGGAUUCGAGAAGUAUCGUGCUCAACUUGAUACUAAAACUGAUUCAACUGGUACCCAUUCUCUUUAUACAACAUACAAAGACUAUGAAAUCAUGUUCCAUGUAUCUACUUUGCUUCCAUAUACACCUAACAACAAGCAACAGCUCCUACGGAAGAGGCACAUUGGAAAUGAUAUUGUAACAAUAGUUUUCCAAGAACCUGGAGCCCAGCCCUUCAGCCCAAAGAACAUUCGUUCUCACUUCCAGCAUGUUUUUGUCAUUGUCCGAGUUCACAAUCCUUGCACCGACAGUGUCUGUUACAGUGUGGCUGUAACCAGGUCCAGAGAUGUGCCAUCCUUUGGGCCACCAAUCCCCAAAGGAGUCACUUUCCCUAAAUCAAAUGUGUUCAGGGACUUCCUUUUGGCCAAAGUUAUUAAUGCGGAGAAUGCUGCUCAUAAGUCUGAGAAGUUCCGUGCCAUGGCUACCAGGACCCGCCAGGAGUAUCUAAAAGAUCUAGCGGAGAAGAAUGUAACCAAUACUCCCAUCGAUCCUUCCGGCAAAUUCCCCUUCAUCUCUCUUGCCUCCAAGAAGAAAGAGAAAUCCAAGCCUUAUCCUGGAGCAGAGUUCAGUAGCAUGGGUGCCAUUGUGUGGAGUGUCCAUGCCAAAGACUACAAUAAGGCUAUGGAGAUAGACUGCCUUCUGGGCAUCUCUAAUGAGUUUAUAGUCCUCAUUGAACAAGAAACGAAGAGCGUGGUAUUCAAUUGUUCCUGCAGGGAUGUAAUAGGGUGGACUUCAACUGACACCAGCAUCAAAAUCUUCUAUGAGAGAGGCGAAUGUGUUUCUGUGGAGAGUUUCAACAACAGCAGUGAGGAUAUCAAAGAGAUUGUCAAAAGGUUACAGUUUGUGACUAAAGGAUGUGAGUCAGUGGAGAUGACUUUGCGGCGAAAUGGACUCGGACAGCUUGGCUUCCAUGUCAACUAUGAGGGUAUUGUGGCAGAUGUAGAACCCUAUGGCUAUGCCUGGCAAGCAGGACUGAGGCAAGGCAGCCGCCUGGUGGAAAUCUGUAAAGUAGCCGUUGCCACCCUAAGCCAUGAGCAAAUGAUUGACCUUCUGAGAACAUCAGUCACAGUGAAAGUGGUCAUUAUACCACCCCAUGAUGAUUGUACCCCGAGAAGGAGCUGUUCUGAAACAUACCGCAUGCCAGUGAUGGACUACAAAAUGAACGAAGGGGUUUCCUAUGAGUUCAAAUUCCCCUUCCGAAAUAACAACAAAUGGCAGAGAAAUGCCAACAAGGGGCAAGGACCUCAUGGGUCCCAAGUACCCUCCCAGGUCCAGAGUCCAGUGAUUUCUCGUAUGAGUGCUGGAAAAGGAGAUGGAAAGAUGCAACCUCCAGAACGAGCUGCCAAUAUUCCUCGUAGCAUCUCUAGUGAUGGCCGCCCCUUGGAACGGAGGUUGUCUCCUGGUUCUGACAUCUAUGUGACAGUUUCAUCUAUUGCUUUAGCGAGAUCACAGCAAUGUCGUAACUCCCCUAGCAACCUGUCUUCAUCUAGUGAGACUGGCUCUGGUGGGGGCACUUACAGACAAAAAUCCAUGCCUGAAGGGUUUGGGAUGAGCCGCAGAUCCCCAGCCUCCAUUGACCGGCAGAAUACUCAGACGGAUAUCAGUGGCAGUGGGAAAGCCACACCCAGCUGGCAGAGAAGUGAGGAGAGCAUUGCUGACCAGAUGGCUUACAGUUAUAGAGGACCUCAGGAUUUCAAUUCUUUUGUCCUCGAGCAGCAUGAAUAUACAGAGCCAACAUGCCACCUCCCGGCUGUGUCAAAGGUGUUGCCAUCUUUCCGAGAGAGCCCUAGCGGGAGAUUAAUGCGGCAGGAUCCAGUUGUUCAUUUGUCACCAAACAAACAAGGGCAUUCUGAUAGUCAUUACUCAAGCCACUCCAGCAGCAAUACUCUCUCCAGCAACGCAUCGAGUGCUCACAGUGAUGAGAAGUGGUACGAAGGUGAUCGCACAGAGACAGAGCUCAACAGCUACAACUAUCUUCAAGGCACCUCUGCAGAUAGCGGCAUAGAUACCACCUCCUACGGCCCCAGCCAUGGCAGCACAGCAUCUCUGGGGGCUGCUACAUCAUCCCCACGCUCAGGACCUGGCAAAGAAAAGGUGGCACCGCUGUGGCACAGCUCCAGCGAAGUUGUCUCCUUGGCAGAUAGGACCUUAGAAAAAGAGGGUCAUGGAGUAGACCGCAAGACAGAGUCUUCACUGAGCCUGGAUAUCCAUAGCAAGAGCCAGCCCACCUCGAAUCCUUUAACAAGGGAGAACAGUACUUUUAGUAUUAAUGAUGCUGCUUCUCACACAAGUACCAUGAGCUCACGACACUCUGCCAGUCCAGUUGUUUUCACCAGUGCCAGAAGUUCACCCAAAGAAGAGCUUCAUUCUGCCACUUCCCCGCAACUUGCACCUUCUUUCUCCUCCUCCUCUUCCUCCUCUUCUGGUCCUAGGACUUUCUACCCUCGGCAGGGUGCUACUAGCAAGUACCUGAUUGGAUGGAAAAAACCAGAAGGGACAAUAAACUCUGUGGGGUUUAUGGAUACAAGAAAACGCCACCAGAGUGAUGGCAAUGAAAUAGCCCACACCAGGUUGCGUGCCUCUGCCAGGGACCUCCGGGCAUCCCCAAAGCAAACAUCUAAGUCAACAAUUGAGGAAGAUCUAAAAAAACUAAUCGACUUUGAAAGCCCAACUCCUGAAUCACAGAAAAAUUUUAAGUUCCAUGGGCUUUCCUCUCCGCAGUCUCCUUUCCCUUCCACUCCUACCACACGGCGGACCUUACACAGGACAUUGUCAGAUGAAAGUAUUUACAGCGGUCAAAGGGAGCACUACUUCACCUCAAGGACCUCGAUUCUGGACCAAGCCUUGCCCAAUGAUGUUCUCUUCAGCAGCACGUACCCCUCCCUCCCAAAGUCCCUCCCUUUGCGGAGGCCGUCGUAUACAUUAGGAAUGAAGUCAUUACAUGGAGAGUUUUCAGCUUCAGACAGCUCCCUCACUGAUAUCCAGGAGCCAAGAAGGCAGCCCAUGCCUGACCCGGGUCUCAUGCCCCUGCCAGACUCUGCUUCUGACCUGGAUUGGUCAAACCUGGUAGAUGCUGCCAAAGCUUUUGAGGUCCAGCGAGCCUCGUUCUUUGCUGCUAGUGAUGAAAACCACCGACCCCUGAGUGCUGCAUCCAACAGUGACCAUCUAGAGGACCAAGCCAUGGCCCAGAUGAAGUCUUAUGGAAGCAGUAAAGAUUCUUCUCCUACACUGGCUUCUAAAGUGGACCAAUUGGAAGGUAUGCUGAAGAUGCUUCAAGAAGAUUUGAAGAAGGAAAAAGAAGACAAAGCCCACCUUCAGGCUGAAGUCCAGCAUCUUCGGGAAGACAACUUGCGUUUACAGGAGGAGUCCCAGACUGCAUCGGACAAGCUGAAAAAAUUCACUGAAUGGGUCUUCAACACAAUUGAUAUGAGCUAAAGACUGAUAAAACCUGCAGGUGGGGGAGGGAAGGUGUGGAAAGGGACCAAGAGGGAAUGUUUCCUUUCCCCUGAGACUGCUUCAAUGCCCCGUAAAAUGCUAUGGAAAGCAUCUUCAGAGCACUUUCCCCACCUUCCUUAUAGAUAGCCCCUUUUUUUGCGAGUGCACAAACAGAACAAUUGAGAUCAACAAUCAACGUCUGCCUUUUGUAGAAAAAACAAAAACAAAAAAUAAUUAAAUAAAAAAUUUAAAAAGUAAAAUAAAAGUUUAACUGCUAAAAUGUGAAUGUCUUUAUUUUUUUGCACAGUAUCUUUCUCUGUAAUGUAUAAAGAAACAAAAUGGGGGCUAGACUAGAAUGGCCUGGUCCAUCUGCUUCCUUUACUUCCCAUCCGCUCUUUCCUUUCUGUUUCAGGUAAUCCAAGCCUUUUCUUGCUCUCCUGGCAUAUAUGACCAUUACUGGAAAGCUAGCACAUACUUAUUUUGGACUGUUUUUUGGGGGUUAGGGUUGGGGCCACAGGAGGGCUGUGUUCCUUACCUUUUUUGCUGCAGUGACUAGCCACAAGGAGUUGUAUCUCCCUUGAAUGCAUGAGUCAAUGCUAUGUUUCCCUGUGUUACCCAGAACAACAGGAACAGAGGCUAAAGAUGGGGCAUGUUAUUCAUGAUCUUUUCCACAUCCCACAUUACUACGUGACUUGUCACCUGUGGUGUCCUGUGGAUGCACUUCCACUUGCUUUCCACAGGGCAAAUAUGCUUCUUAAGUGAAAUCUUAAGCAAUCUCUCCUAAUGUAGAAUUGACCUCUAAUGAUCCUCCUGGCUGUAAACAUAAAGUUGUUUAAGAUUGCCUCACACCAUAUCCAUUUAAUGACCCAUCCCAACAAUUCCAGACUCUCCAUUUUAUGUAAUCAAAAUGUGAUGGUCCCUCUGUAUGGUUUUUCUUUAGUGGGAUAUAAAGGAAAAGAUUCAUGAGACCAAAAGCUGGCCCAGUAAUGCUUAUUAAAAGUACCCAGAGAAGAUUUAGGUGUUAGUCUUUGCCAGGGGACAGUUAGGAAAAUCUAGUGAUAAAUUAUAAAAUGGUAAAGAGCUGUUGCUUGCCUUUUGAAUGCACAGUAUUUACAUGCUUGGAGAUAUAUUUAGAAUUGACUUUUCCCCAAUGUGACAUCAAAGCAUGGGAUUUUCCAAAUCGAGGCCAUCAAAGUGGUUUUUCUGAAGAAAUGAUUCAUUUGCCAUUUAAAUUCAAAAAGUUCCAAAUGGUUUGGGUAAGAUAGGACACCAUUAAUGGGCCCCAGUGCUCAGCCCCAAUACUGCUCUAAACCAUGUUCAGCCCUGUGGAGGAAAACAACCUAAACCUUUUCCUCUGAGCCUUCAUAAUCACAAAAUUUGUGUCAUUAUCCCUGUAAUGGAACAAUUGACCUGUAACAAUUGUUCGUGAUUUUUACGUCUCUCAAAUUUUCUCUCAUACAGUUUAAAAAUAAUUUAUCCCUCCCCUGACCCCUGGAGAAGCCAUAUACAUUCAUAUUUUCUCUUCCUCAAAAUUUUAGCUGAAAUUUCACUCCAUAUUGUGAUUUCCUCCUCUCCUCAUGAAAUCCUUUUCUAAUAAUACUUGCAUUAUGGGAAAAGGAAGAUUACCAAGUUAUUUUGUAAAGAUUGUGACUCUCUCUUUGAUUUGUAUGAAGGAGGUUUGUACAGUGCCUGAUAUUAUUUGUAAAUGGGAAAUAUUGCUAACAUCCAAGCGUUCUGAAGUCUUGCUUAUCCUAAGUUUGCUCUUUAUUUUGUUUUAAAUUUUGUUUUGGGACUCGGGGCAGACUAUUUAUUAGAGUUUUGCAACAGAAUUCUUGUAUGAAGCCUCUAAAGGCUACUUGUAAAAUUCAGACAAUAAAACUGACUUUAAAGGCUCUUCUAAAA